UUAUUGAAGAAUAUGGUCUCCUCUGCAUGUGGUGUGGUGUCCUCUAUUGUUGCAAAGUCAACAUGGUACAUUAAAGUCUACGGUUAGCAGCAGAAUACUUUUGUUAGAGGCAGCAUAUGUAGGCAGCAGAAGGUUUUGUUAGAGUCAGCAUACGUAGGUAGCAGAAGACUUUUGUUAGAGUUUACUGUUAAGACCAUUCUUUUCUUCUAUUGUUGUCUACUGUCAGAAGACUUUUGUUCCAAGUGCUCAAGAGUCAAGACUUGUAAAGCUUUAAACAAAAUCCAAUACAAAGAAAAAUUUCACCAUCAGUUUGUGUUUUUCUACUCCUCUUUUUCCUAAUACUAUGUGCUGUUUCCACCCAAUAUUCGGUUAUUGAGGCAGUAGAUUAUGUUUAUAUAGUUCUUAGUCCCCUGGCUAGCUCGAUCACUUGGGCUUUUUCAUCUCCAAUGGCAAAUCCAAAUCCAAAUCCAGUGAAAGUAGUUGAGGUUUGCAGAGUAACUCCACAACCGGCCUCAGCCUCUAAGUCACUUCCUCUAACCUUCUUUGAUUUACUUUGGCUGAGGUUUGAACCCUUCAAACGCCUCUUCUUUUAUGAAGCCUCUAACACAGCACUCUUCUUCAAAUCCAUACUUCCAAGGCUCAAAACCUCCCUAUCACUAACUCUUCACCACUUUUCACCUCUCGCCGGAAACCUCACCUGGCCUAAAGACUCCCCUAAGCCAAUUCUCAGCUAUGUCAAAGGCAACACCGUUUCGCUCACAAUAGCCGAGUACUACUCUAAUGAUGAUCAUGCUGGUCAUGAUCAUUUCCAUCGUCUUUCGAGCAGCGACUUCCUUGAAGCAAAAGAAUACUAUUCUCUUGUGCCCCAACUUGAUGUGUCUCACGAUCGAGCCACGGUGCUGGCACUACAAAUCACUGUCUUUCCGAAUCGGGGGUUUUCGAUUGGAACAGCCAUGCACCAUGCAGUCCUUGAUGGCAAUUCUUUAACCUUGUUUUUCAAAUUGUGGGCUCACAUAUGCAAGCAUCAUGAACAACUUGCAACCUCCUCGUCUUUGUUAGCGGAUGACCUAAAACCAUGUUACACUGAUAGAUUGGUCAUCGAGGACCCAUUGGGGCUCGAAGCAAUCUACUCGAAGCAAUGGCUCGACAUGGGCGGGCCUAAUAACCGAAGCUUAAAGGUUUGGGAAAUUAAAUCUCUACCAGGCUCAAUUAGAGCUACCUUUGAAUUCACAAAAGCAAAAAUACAAACACUUGGGCAGCAUGUGAAGACUGUAAUGAAUUCUGAUUCACUUCAUUUGUCAGCGUUUGCUCUAACAUGCGCCUAUACUUGGGUUUGCUUAGUCAAGGCAGAAGAAACCAAAGCAGUUGCAGAAACAAAAGGGCUACUAGGAGAAGAUGGGUUCGUUGUGGCUUUAAAGGCAAUUAGUGAAGCUAUUAUGGGUUUGAAAAAUGAGGGAGUACUUCUCGAUGGGGCUGAGAGUUGGCUUUCGAAGUUGUGUACUGUGCAAGGUGGUGAUAGGAUUCUUUCGACUGCUGGCUCGCCUCGGUUUGAGAUUUAUGAGACUGAUUUUGGAUGGGGAAGACCAAAGAGGACUGAGGUGCUUACCAUAGAUAAGACAGGAUCUAUCUCUUUUUCAGAUAGCAAGAAUGGUGGUGGAGGCAUUGAGGUUGGGCUGGUUUUGGAAGAGCAUCUUAUGGGAGUUUUUGCUUCUCUAUUUGCCAAGGGUCUUCUUCAUACACCUUUGAUUAAUUAACUCUUGAAGCUAUAUUUAUGUAUUGUUAUUGUAGUAUUGUACCACUACCUGGUUUUCUCUCUCUCUGUUGGAGGUGGAUUAUUUACUCUGCCGAGAUUUACCG